UUCAGUAAAAAAGAUGAGAAGAAAGAAAAGAGACCAACUGUCGGUACUUUUGCAAUGUUCCGCUAUUCAAAUUGGCUCGAUAGGUUGUGUAUGGUGCUGGGGACUUUGGCUGCCAUCAUCCACGGAGCUGGACUCCCCCUCAUGACGCUAGUGUUUGGAGACAUGACGGAUAGCUUUGCAGGUGCUGGAAAUUUCGGAAACAUAACUUUUCCAAACAUGACUAAUGAAAGUACUAUAGACAGAACAGAGUAUGGCAAGAAGCUGGAGAAGGAAAUGACCACGUACGCCUACUAUUACUCUGGAAUUGGUGCUGGCGUGCUUAUUGCUGCUUACAUCCAGGUCUCAUUCUGGUGUCUGGCCGCUGGAAGACAAGUACACAGAAUCAGAAAACAGUUUUUUCAUGCCAUCAUGCAACAGGAGAUAGGCUGGUUUGAUGUGCAUGACGUUGGAGAACUUAACACCCGCCUCACAGAUGACGUCUCCAAAAUUAAUGAAGGAAUUGGUGACAAAAUCGGAAUGUUCUUUCAGGCAAUGGCGACAUUCUUGACCGGUUUUAUAGUAGGAUUUACAAGAGGUUGGAAGCUCACCCUUGUGAUUCUGGCCGUCAGUCCUGUUCUUGGCCUGUCAGCUGCUAUCUGGGCAAAGAUACUGUCUUCAUUUACUGAUAAAGAACUUUUGGCAUAUGCAAAAGCUGGAGCAGUAGCUGAAGAGGUCUUAGCGGCUAUUAGAACUGUGAUUGCAUUUGGAGGACAAAAGAAAGAACUUGAAAGGUACAACAAAAACUUGGAAGAAGCCAAGAGAAUUGGAAUAAAGAAGGCUAUCACGGCCAACAUCUCUAUGGGAGCUGCUUUUCUGUUGAUGUAUGCAUCCUAUGCCCUGGCGUUCUGGUAUGGGACCUCCUUGGUCCUCUCAAGAGAAUAUUCCAUUGGACAAGUGCUCACGGUCUUCUUUUCUGUGUUACUUGGAACUUUUAGUAUUGGACAGGCAUCUCCAAACAUUGAGGCAUUUGCAAACGCAAGAGGAGCAGCUUAUGAAGUCUUCAAGAUCAUUGAUAACAAACCAAGCAUCAACAGCUAUUCAAACGCUGGGCACAAACCCGACAAUAUUAAAGGAAAUCUGGAAUUCAGAAAUGUUCACUUCCAUUACCCAUCUCGAAACGAAGUUAAGAUCUUGAAGGGCCUCAACUUGAAGGUAGGGAGUGGGCAGACGGUGGCCCUGGUUGGGAACAGCGGCUGUGGGAAGAGCACCACCGUCCAGCUGAUGCAGAGGCUGUAUGACCCCACGGAGGGCAUGGUCAGUAUCGACGGACAGGAUAUCAGGACCAUCAACGUAAGGUAUCUGCGGGAGAUUAUCGGGGUGGUGAGUCAGGAGCCUGUGCUGUUUGCCACCACGAUAGCUGAGAACAUUCGCUACGGCCGUGAAGAUGUCACCAUGGAUGAGAUUCAGAAAGCUGUGAAGGAAGCCAACGCCUAUGACUUUAUCAUGAAACUGCCUAAUAAGUUUGACACCCUGGUUGGAGAGAGAGGAGCCCAGCUAAGUGGUGGACAGAAGCAGAGAAUCGCCAUUGCCCGGGCCCUGGUUCGCAACCCCAAGAUCCUCCUGCUGGAUGAGGCCACCUCAGCGCUGGACACGGAGAGUGAAGCGGUGGUUCAGGCAGCCCUGGAUAAGGCCAGAGAAGGCCGGACCACCAUUGUGAUAGCGCAUCGCCUGUCCACGGUUCGCAAUGCUGACGUCAUCGCUGGUCUUGAUGAUGGAGUCAUCGUGGAGGAAGGCAGUCAUGAUGAGCUCAUGGGGAAGAGGGGCAUUUACUUCAAACUUGUCACAAUGCAGACAAAAGGAAAUGAACUUGAAUUAGAGAAUACCCCUGGUGAAUCCCUAAGUAACAUUGAUGACUUGUAUACGUCCUCCCAAGAUUCAAGAUCCAGUCUAAUCAGAAGAAAAUCAACUCGCAGGAGUAUCCGUGGAUCCCAAAGCCAGAACAGAAAGCUCAGUACAGAAGAAACUUUGGAUGAAAGUGUACCUCCCGUUUCCUUUUGGAGGAUUCUGAAGCUGAAUAUAACUGAAUGGCCUUAUUUUGUGGUUGGUGUAUUUUGCGCCAUUAUAAAUGGAGCUCUGCAACCAGCAUUGUCAGUCAUACUUUCAAGGAUGAUAGGAAUCUUCACCAGAGAUGACGAUGACGAAACCAAACGACAGAAAAGUAACUUAUUUUCACUGUUGUUUCUAAUCCUUGGAAUUAUUUCUUUUAUUACAUUUUUCCUUCAGGGCUUCACGUUCGGCAAAGCAGGCGAGAUCCUCACCAGGCGGCUGCGGUACCUGGUUUUCAGGUCGAUGCUGAGACAGGAUGUGAGCUGGUUCGAUGACCCUAAAAACACCACGGGAGCACUGACGACCAGGCUUGCCAAUGACGCCGCUCAAGUUAAAGGGGCUAUAGGUUCCAGGCUUGCUGUAAUUACCCAGAAUAUUGCAAAUCUUGGCACAGGCAUUAUCAUAUCCCUCAUCUAUGGCUGGCAGUUAACACUUCUCCUGUUAGCAAUUGUACCCAUCCUUGCAGUAGCAGGAGUUAUUGAAAUGAAAAUGCUGUCUGGACAAGCCCUGAAAGAUAAGAAAGAGCUGGAAGGUGCUGGGAAGAUUGCCACUGAAGCGAUAGAAAACUUCCGGACUGUUGUUUCUUUGACUCGGGAGGAGAGGUUUGAAUAUAUGUACGCCCAGAGUUUGCAGGUACCAUACAGAAACUCUUUGAGGAAAGCACAUGUCUUUGGAAUUGCAUUUUCCAUCACCCAGGCAAUGAUGUAUUUCUCCUUUGCUGGCUGUUUCCGGUUUGGUGCCUACUUGGUGGCCCAAGGAAUCAUGGAGUUUCAGGAUGUUCUCUUAGUGUUCUCAGCUAUUGUCUUUGGUGCCAUGGCUGUGGGACAGGUCAGUUCAUUUGCUCCUGACUAUGCCAAGGCCAAAGUGUCAGCAGCCCACGUCAUCAAUAUCAUUGAAAAAAUUCCUCUGAUCGACAGCUACAGCACGGAAGGCCUAAAGCCGAGUACAGUAGAAGGAAGUGUGGCAUUUAAUGACGUCGUGUUCAACUACCCGACUCGACCAGACGUCCCGGUGCUUCGGGGGCUGAGCCUGGAGGUGAAGAAGGGCCAGACGCUGGCCCUGGUGGGCAGCAGCGGCUGCGGGAAGAGCACGGUGGUCCAGCUCCUGGAGCGGUUCUAUGACCCCUUGGCUGGCACAGUGUUUAUCGAUGGCAAGGAAGUAAAGCAGCUGAAUGUCCAGUGGCUGCGUGCACACAUGGGCAUCGUGUCCCAGGAGCCCAUUCUGUUUGACUGCAGCAUCGGCGAGAACAUCGCCUACGGAGACAACAGCCGGGUCGUGUCCCAGGAGGAGAUUGAGCACGCGGCCAAGGAGGCCAACAUCCACUCCUUCAUUGAGAUGCUGCCGGACGUAAGUCUCUCACCAGAUGCGGUGCCUGGGAGCCUGUGGUUGUGAUUCGUAAAGGGCUGGAUCCCAAAGGUGAAGAGAAAUGAGCAACCAAAACACACCCCCAAUGUGGACAAGCAUCUUCCCAUCCUAUGUCAUGAUUACAGGACACCUCCCAUCCCCGUCUAUGUC